AUUAAUGAAAUUAGUUAAUAAAGUGUAACCUCUUUAGAGAGACGCAUCAAUGUGCCAAAAUAGUUGAUUUGCAAAUAAUUAAAUAUGAAAUCAAUAAUAUAUUUCAGUGCCAUCUUUUUUAUAUUUUUAUUUAGUUAUAAGGAAACCGAAGUAUCAUGUCAAGGGCUUCUACCAUUCAACAAUGCUCCAAUAGCAUACGCUGAUAGUAGCAGUGAUGAUGAUCUAGGCCUGCUACUCUCCGUGUUACUUCUAGCAACUAGGAACAGAGGCAACUGCUGUGGCUGUUGCAGCUGCGGGAACAAUAUACCCAUACCUUACCCUAUACCGAUACCUACAAAUAACCCUAUCAUCACAACGGUAUCCAGAAGCAGCCCCAGUGUCGGAGGAGAUCCACAAGAACCAGAAGAAAUCAACAUCUCUACAGUGAACAACACAGAAUCAGAAUCCGAAUCAAAGGCCUCAGACAAAACGAGAAACACAAACGAAAAUGACGCAAAUGCUGCAUCAGCGUCAGCCGCAGGUUCCUCCUAA